GGUUAGAGCCGAACACUGGCGUCAUCACGCACCGUUGCCAAACAUUGAGCAGAAAAGAGCCACGUUGACGAAGUCGACAGAAGUGUGCGUUAUUUUUCCGCCAGGAAACUGAAAGAUUGUUUUUACUUAGAAGACAACGAAGCAAGUCUCUUGACAGCAACCAUGUCAUCGCCGCCCAAAGAGAAAAUCGAGACCAAAGCUGGACAUCUUCCUGCUGUGAAAGCAGGAGGCAUGCGGAUAGUUCAGAAGCACCAGUCUGCAAAUGAAGUGCCAGACAAGAAGAAUGACAAAGACGAUGAAGAAUAUGAGACUGAGAUCCCACCGAAAAUAACUGUUGUGGUCUCGGGAGUUGUCACUAAGGGGGAUAAAGACUUCACCCCUGCUGCUGCCCAGGUGGCCCAUCAGAAACCUGUGCCUGCGGUACAGAAGCUGCCCUCGGCCCACCACAUCAACCAGCCCAUCCACCAGCCCCGGAAGUGAGCCUUACACAACUCUAGACCACCCCGGCCCCCCACACAGGGCCAGGACCACACCACCCCAAACACCUGCUCAGGUUGCCAGGGAUCUCUUGCCAUCAAGCAUUCCGUACGCCCCCUCCCCCUUCCGUCUGUGCCUGCAAGUGUCCGGUUUCCAACAGUAUCAUGACACGCGUUCCUUUUCCUGUUUCUUAGCUGUAGAUCAUUGCAACACUAAAAUUGAAAGCUCCAUUGCAAAUCACUAAUCAGAAACGUGUUAAUUAUGUGAGUCCACUUCAUGAGGGAUGCUUGGAGCGGUUUUAUUUAGUUUUAAUUUUGUCUUACAUAAAUAGUUCCAGAGAGAUGUAAAUUGUAUGAAUCUUUUUUUUUUCUUCUUCUUCUUUUGAAGUCGGUGAAUGUUGUAUAUUAGGCAUUAGGUACUAGGUGUGGGUAUCUGAAUAAAGAGGUAAUAUAAAACCACACACGCUUUUUGCUCUUGAAAACACAAUCAUAAGAUAGUUGCAAUGCCUGAUGGAAAUAUCACUGCUUUCACAAACAAAUAGUAACAUGUAAGGCUGAAAUCAUUUACAAAACUCUAAUAGGGAAUCUGUGUGCCUUGGGUUAAAUACAUUUCAGAAAUUUUUGGAGAAUAAAUUAAUUUAGUUUAAAAAAGGAAUUUCAAUGUUUGCUUAAAAAAGAAAUCAUUCUAGAAUUACCAUA